GGAGAGAACCUGGGAUCGAGGCCAGAGGCUUUCUCUCUGUUUCGCUUCGUCACGUGAUUCGAAUUGCCCGAUUGUUGAACAUGAUUCAUAACUUAUUGGUCGGUUUUUCCCAAUUUUUUGGAACAUUUUGCUUUGAAGAUGGAGCUGAAGUUAGCUUGCAACAAAGGAGGGUGAAUAUCACGUUGUCAUCACAGGAAAAUUAAACGUGACUAGCUGGAAAUAUCAUCGGGCUCAUGGCAUUACGUAUAAAAGGACAUGGUGGUCAUGCACUAGACCAACUGGAAUAUGACAUAUUUUGGACAGAGUUCAGGGCCAUAGAGGAAAGCAGGAGCCCCAUACCUGAAGAAGACCAUGAUGAUGAGUCCAGUAAAGAACCUCCAGGAGAAUGUGAGCAAGAAAUUCAAUGGCUCAAAGAAGCUGGUUUUGAUGCCAUUGUGAAGAAGUACAAUGAUAGUAAAGAAAUUGAUCCUAAUGAUGUCAAUUUUGAAAAGAUCACUGGUUCUCUUACAAGGAAACAAGCAGAAGCUGUUAGGAAAAGGAUAGACACUCUAAAUCAAAGUACCAAGAAAAAACUUGGUUUACAUGUGCCACCUUCAAAACAUUCUGUCAGUAGCUACCCUACCGAUGUCAGGACAAUUUUUCCAGUCAAAACUAAUGGGCAGCCUAGCAAUGCAGCAGAGCAGAUUCAUACAACAAGACCAGCAUUGAGGAAAUCGUACAGUGAAGGAGUACAUGUCAUUAAACAACCAUCUCUUGAGAUUGGUGAUAUGGAAAAUGAAGUGGGACAUUCAUGUAGACAUUCUCAUUCUGCUGGUGUACUGUCAAGUCCAGCUGAUAAAGAGUUAACAGGAGUUUACUUGCACCCAGAUUGUGCUUCGGAGAGACGAGCAAGUGAUGAGAUGCAAUUGCGAACAGGUGAGUUUUCUUGAGUCUUUUGACAUCAUAAGAACUUGCAAGUACAUGUGCUACAUGUAUAUCAUGAGUAAGUAAUUUUAAUAUGUGUCUUCUUGCAAUUAGGCAUUGCGAAGUCAUCCCUGUAACAAAAUUCUCUUUUGUCAGGAACCAGAGCUGUAGCCAGAAAAAAUUAUGACUGAGACAACAUCCAAGGAAAAAUUAUGACUGAGGCAAUGUCCAUUGUUAAAGUCUCUUCUUAGGUAUUUAAGUCCUGGUCAAACAGACUUUCAAGUAGUCGCAAGUGGCUUCAAGUUGAACUUGCGUAGAGACUUGCAUUGGGUGACUUCUGAAUUAAAUAAUGGACUGUCUAAUUUUAAGUUUGCAAGUUGGACACCCACAUGAUUGCACACCGAUUACCUGACUUGUGGAGGUUUGGGAGAACUUGAAAAAGCUGUGGAAACAGCCUGGUGGCUCAUGU